AUGGGGCCUAACAAAACAUAUAACUUUGCUAAGGAGUUGUGUGGAAGUUAUUCUAAUAUUGGUGCAACGUGUACCGAGUUUAAAAAUUGGAGUAGGGAUGUGAAGCUUUAUAUUGGUGAUCGAGAUGCUCAAAUGAUCAUCGAGAAGUUCACGGAUAAGAAGGAGAUGAGUGAUGGAUUUUUCUAUGAUUAUGCAGUCGAUGAAGGGGGUCGAUUAACUCGCAUCUUUUGGGCAGAUGUUAUUGGACGAAGAAAUUACGAUGUAUUUGGAGAUGUGAUAUCAUUUGACUCUACAUAUUCCACAAACAAGUACAACAUGAAGUUUGUUCCAUUUACUGGUCUCGACAAUUAUAAGAAGUGUGUUGUAUUUGCAGCAGGAUUGAUAGCUAAAGAGGACAUUGAUAACUAUAUCUGGAUUUUUGAGGUAUUCAUGAAAUGCAUGAUUCGCGAGCCAAAGUGUAUUGUUACAGAUCAGUGCCCUGCCAUGAAGCAAGCUAUACCAACCGUCUUUACAGAAGCACGUCACCGUUUGUGCAUGUGGCACAUCAUGAAGAAAUUUAACCAAAAGUUGGCAAAAUGCAUUUCGAAGAUGGAUGAUUUCAAGAGGAAGAUCAAUGCACUGAUUUGGAGUGUAGAUAUAGAUCCAGCAACAUUUGAAGUAGGUUGGAAAGAUGUUAUGAAAGAAUAUAAGCUUGAAAGUAAUGAAUGGUUGUGUGAACUGUAUAACAUUCGGGAGUCAUGGAUUCCAGCCUAUUAUGCUGAUGAUCCAAUGGCUGGUUUAUUGCGUACUACAUCAAUAUCAGAGAGUGAGAACAGUUUCUUUGACAAAUUCAACCGUAGAUCUGACACAUUGAUAGAAUUUUAUCUCCGAUACGAGAGUGCUAUGGAGAAGCAAAGGCAUACAAAUGCAAGAUUAAACUAUGAAGGAACAAAGUCGAUGCCAAGAAUGGACACAUUGGAGAGGGAUGCAGCAGAGUUGUACACUCGAACAAUGUUUUAUGAAGUACAGAAAGAGAUUAUGUCAUCCUGUUAUGAUAUGAGCAUCAACAGUAUAUCAGAAGAAGAUGGUGUGAAGAUUUUUUCCUUAAAAGACAAAAAGAGACAUGGAAAAAUAUUUGAGGUGAAACAUGCUUAUUUGAACAAUGACGUGCAAUGUACGUGUAGGCUGUUUGAGAAAAUGGGUAUAGUAUGUACACAUGGUUUUUUUACACUGAACCAAGCUGAUGUAACAAAAAUACCAAGACAUCUUGUUGUGAACCGAUGGACAAAAGGUGCUGAGAUGAGGCAUUCAUUGCAGUUCAAGGAAAUAUCAGAACAGUGCAAUGCAAUUGAAGUUACAAAUCGCAAGUUGAAUGACAUAUGGUAUGAUUUCCAAUCCUGUGUGAGUUUGACAGGUUUAGAUGGUGAGAGACUUAACUACCUGGAAGGGAAGUUGAAGGAGUUGAAGCACAGUUUGCGUGAAUCUAGUUGGAAAUCUGACACACAGAACAAAAAUGAUGUAAUGAAGUUUUUUGUUGGCUCAAAAAUACCAGCAGAAGUUAUCGUUAAACCUCCCAUUGAAGGUAGAAACAAGGGGUGUGGACGGAGAAUUGUUGGUGAUGAUGAGAAAUCAAUUAGUCAACGAAAGAAGAAGUGUAGUGAAUUGAGAUUCACUGCAUUGAAUCUAGAUUCAGUAUAG